AUGGAAGAAAUCGUGUCAUCCUCAAAGGAUGAGCAAGAAUUACAACCCAACACGAACAGACAGAAUCUUCUAGAAGUACCCGCCCUACCCCAAGAAGAUUGCGUUUUGCAAACAUCUCGUCCACCGCAGCAAACUAAGCAGACGACCGAUGAGAAUGUGCGGGAGAUGUGGAAUGGAAAGAUAGAAUUUAUUUUAUCCUGUGUUGGACAGUGCAUAGGACUAGGCAACGUAGUCCGAUUCCCUUAUCUUUGUUACAAAAAUGGAGGAGGUGCGUUCCUCGUCCCCUACUUGAUUACAGUGAUAUUUGCUGGUAUACCUAUGUACUUUCUGGAGCUUUCUCUUGGACAAUGGUUAAGUACCGGUGGACUCAGCGUAUGGAAAAUCAUUCCACUCUUCAAAGGUGUAGGAUACGCCGCAGCUGUUAUAGCCGCGUGGUUAAACAUCUACUACAUUGUGAUCCUAGCCUGGGCGUUAUACUACCUGUAUCAUUCCUUUACCGAUCCUUUGCCCUGGGCCUCCUGUGAUCACCCCUGGAACACUCCACUGUGUUUGUCAGACUAUGAUAGACAGUACAGCCGCUACUACUGCUCUAAUGGAACAGCCACUUUCAUCCGAAAUUUCACGACUGAGGGAGUGAAUUUGUCAGAAUUGGUCAACAAAGGUCUCAACUGUUCCGCCAUGGUGCAUAGCUCCCCGGUUCGAGAAUUUUGGGAAAGAAAUGUUUUGCGGAUUUCCAGUGGUGUGGACGUGCCGGGCCACAUCCGUUCUGAGUUGUCCAUCUGUCUGCUCAUCGUAUGGAUCUUGUGCUACUUCUGCAUUUGGAAAGGAGUGAAAUGGACCGGAAGGGUUGUUUAUUUUACUGCCAGUUUUCCUUACAUACUUCUAUUUAUCCUUCUGAUUCGAGGGAUAACUCUUCCUGGAGCUUUGGAAGGAAUCAAAUUUUAUGUCUACCCGGAUCUAGAAAAACUUUCAGAGUCGCAGGUGUGGAUCGACGCGGUCACACAGAUCUUCUUUUCCUACGGCCUGGGUUUAGGGACACUGAUCGCUCUAGGCAGCUACAACAAGUACAACAACAAUGUCUGCAGAGAUGCGAUCUGUAUCUCCCUUCUGAACAGUGUUACCAGCAUGUCUUCGGGAUUCGUCAUCUUCUCCGUCAUUGGUUUUAUGGCAUACGAACAACAGAAACCGGUCAGUGAUGUCGCAGCCUCAGGACCAGGUUUGGCUUUCCUUGCUUACCCCAAUGCUGUGGUACAACUGCCGGUGUCACCUGCCUGGGCUGUUCUCUUUUUCCUUAUGUUACUGAUCCUGGGAAUGGAUAGUCAGUUCUGUACCAUGGAAGGAUUCUUCACAGCUGUAAUAGACGAAUAUCCAGGUGUUUUAAGAAGAAGGCGGGAAGUCUUCAUUGGAAUCGUGUGUUUUUUAUCGUACUUGAUUGGGUUAUCUGUAGUGACUGAGGGUGGCAUGUACGUUUUUCAACUGUUUGACAACUACUCGGCCAGCGGACUCUGUCUUCUCGUCCUGAUUUUUUUCGAGUGCACUGCCAUCUCCUGGGGAUUCGGCGUCAAGCGUUAUUACGACACACUCUACAGCAUGCUCGGUUACUAUCCCAGUUCGUUCUGGAAGUUUACAUGGGUCGUUUCGACGCCUUCACUGACCAUGGGUAUCCUGUUAUUCCGGUUCAUCAAGUUCCAGCCUGUGACAUACUUGGAGUACGAAUUUCCUACGUGGGCUCACGUGAUCGGUGGCUUCAUGGCCCUUUCGUCUGUGUCAAUGAUUCCUAUUUACAUGAUCUAUAAGCUACUCAUUACGCAGGGAUCAUUAAGUCAGAGAUUUCAGAAGCUGGUCCACCCCCAUCUUGACUUGCCCGGGAGAGCGGAUCCCCCUCCCCCAUAUUCCGCUGUUUACACGGGUGUUGAUGUAUAGGUGUACAAUGGCUGUCAUUGACCGCUGCCUGCGAGACAAGCAACAAUUACAACAUGUGUGGACUCUCUAUACUAACUCCACCCUCAUGUGACUUCACAAUAUCACGAGUUCAAAGUAGAAAAACUGUAUUAAUUUCCACUAUAAUAUAGUUUUAUUUAAUCAUGUCCAUUGAAAAUGUGCAUGUUGUUUAACCUUUCUAAAGAUGUCAGACACGAAUAUCAACAUUAGAAAAACGGAGUUUAGUUAAACAUCAUUAAAAAGAAUACAUAAAACUGAUUGAAAUGACAAUAUCUUAAUUUUGCAAUAAAUUUCUACGAAGUCACAUUAGGAUAGAGCUACCUUAAAGGUUUGUUAGGGUGUUACUAGUUAAAAUUAUACAUUUUGUACAUAAGUUUGUUAGGGUGUUACUAGUUAAAAUUAUACAUUUUGUGCAUAAGUUUGUUAGGGUGUUACUAGUUAAAAUUUUACAUUUUGUGCAUAAGUUUGUUAGGAUGUUACUAGUUAAAAUUAUACAUUUUGUACAUAAGUUUGUUAGGAUGUUACUAGUUAAAAUUAUACAGUUUGUACAUAGAUAAUAACAAAAAUCUGUGAAGAUGUUUACUAGUUAAUGUGUUCAUAAAGUGAUCAAAGAACUGUAUGUAAAUCUGUUAUGAAUAGAGAACUUAUUUUUUCCUCAACUCCAGUGUUGUUUGUCUAC